AUGUAAAUUUACAAUCCAACAAAAAGUGACGCCAUACUACGACAAACCUGUCAAAAAAUUACAGGUCGGUAUUGCAGUUUCCUAGUCAGGAAAGUGUAAAGAUGGCAGAGUUUGUUGAUUCUUUGUUGAAAAUGAGUAAUUCGCCGAUUUUACAACAAUUUUUACAUGACUGUAUCGAUGAUUUAACCGGCAUAAAACAAAUGAAUUUUGACAACUACAACAGCGACAUCGAGUGGACAGUUGAUGAUUUUAGUAAAGCAAAAAAAUGUAUUCAAAAAAUUUGCCGCGAAAGUGUUAUCAACAAUGAUUUUGGCUUAACAACAGAUUUUGGAGAGAAUGUUCAAGAGGAAAUUAAAAAAUGUUUAGAAUUACGCAAGGAUGACAUUUUUCGAACACUAGUUAAGGAAAAGUUAUUAAGUAGUGGACAUAAUUUAGUUGAAAAUAUAGACUGGAAAGUUAAAUGGGUCCUUGGAAACUCGAAAUUGGCGGCAGUGAGRGAACCAUUGGUCCAAGUGGAUUUGYAUUGUGUGAAAAAUGUCGAAAAUCAAGAUAAAUGUAAGAAAAAUACUGUUAAUUUUGAAGCAAAUCUUGAAAUGUUGGAUGUUUUAAUUGAUCAGUUACAAAAAGCCUGUGAUGAAUUAAAUAAUAAAUGACUUUAUUAAUGAAA